UUUCCUUCUAGAACCACCUAGGCUGCUCUAAAAUAUCUGUUCAUGACAUUAUUUUUUUGUGAGCAUUUACGGUCACAUAAGGGUUUCUCACCAAACAGAUUCAGUUAUGAUCAAAAAUGUUUACAUUUCGAUUAAAAUGGAUCCAACUGAUGAUAGAAGCAGACAGUAACUGCAAAACUGAGUCAUUGUCCAUCCCGGACACCAGGGGACGAAACUGAGCGACCCUUUCUUCUGCAGCCAAUCAGAUAACCCGGAAGCAGUAACAGGAAGCUCUCCAGCUGGAGGGAAGAUAUGGGUUUGAUAAAAUCUGAUUUAUGAGGAAAACGAAGCUCAAAGUUUGUAUUCAGAGGCUGAAACCUGCUCAGAUCAAAGGUACAAAACAUCAAGUUGAUGAGAGCCAGAAAGACUCAAUAAAUCAGCCUUAAAAUCAUAUUUUCUGCUCGAGUGACGCAAAGAAACCGACUAAUUCCUGCAGAUUCGUUUUUUGUUUACAUAUUGCAUGUAUUUACAUAGUUUUGUUGAUGCCAGUGUUUGUUCUCUGAUAUGAAAACACACAGGGCGCCUGUAAAUGCAGAGUUAUUGUAAUGUUGGGCGUGUUACGUGAAUUUUGGCGCUAAAUCUCCAUAGUGACAGCUCAUUUAGAUGAGAGGAAAGCAGAAAUGGCGCCGUUAGAAAUAAAGACUGAGCUUUAAUGUGAGUUAAAUAACAGCCGGCUGAUGGAAAACACUUGAAAGCAGAAAUCAGUUAUUUAAUGUCCAUAUGGGGAUCCACAUGAUUUGGAACAAUCCGCUGAACUCACCUACACGAACACAGAUGUAAAUCGUGACUCUUUAGGCGCUAAUGUCUCAUUACAGAAGCUUUUUUUUCUUUGAGAGACAUUGUAACGUGCUUUUAGAAUCACAGUUUAAAAUGCUUAAUCUGUACAAAUGCGAGUUGUUGUUUUUUUUAAUCGAAGUCAGAGGUUUCGUAAGCGCUCGUUUUAAUCAUUUUGUAACAGCAGUUACGGAAAGUUUUGUAACCCGCAAACAAAGAGUUUGAAUUUCCCGCAAUCGUGUAGGGGUCACGUGAGCACUUCUCUGGACCUGAUUGGCUCGGUCCCUCCCGACUGUUUAAAGGGACUCCUCGUAUUGGCCAGCAGUUCGAGCGCCAAGAUUCCAAUAAAAGGGCGAGCUGGCAGCAGAAGCCCUUCACUGCCUCAGUCUGUCCGCUGCUACUUGCUUUGCUUUCCGCUCUUUUUAGCUUCUUAGUUUUUUUCUUUUCUUUGUAUCCUUUCGAACCCGAGAAGUCACGAUGCUGUCCGCCCGCUCCCCGCUCUCCAUGAAGAACGAGCAGACCCUCAGCGGGCAGCUGGACAAAAUGUCUCUGGACAAAGAGAACACGCCCCCGGGCCUGAACAGCAGCCGCAUCCUGGCGUCCAAAACCGCGCGGAGGAUCUUCGACGCUGCUGCGCCCAAAGUGAAAAAGAGCAGCAGCUCGCAGGAGGAGCCUCUGCUGAAGGAGAACCCUCACCGCUUCGUCAUCUUCCCCAUCAAGUACCAUGACAUCUGGCAGAUGUACAAGAAGGCAGAGGCAUCCUUUUGGACAGCGGAGGAGGUGGAUCUGUCCAAGGACCUGCAGCACUGGGAGGCCCUGAAGGACGAAGAGCGCUACUUCAUCUCCCACGUGUUGGCCUUCUUCGCCGCCAGUGACGGCAUCGUCAACGAGAACCUGGUGGAGCGCUUCAUGCAGGAAGUGCAGGUGACGGAAGCCCGGUGUUUCUACGGUUUCCAGAUCGCCAUGGAGAACAUCCACUCAGAGAUGUACAGCCUGCUGAUCGACACGUACAUCAAGGACCCCAAAGAGAGAGAGUACCUGUUUAACGCCAUCGAGACGCUGCCGUGCGUGAAGAAGAAGGCCGACUGGGCGCUCAACUGGAUCGGCAACAAGAACGCCACCUAUGGAGAGCGCGUGGUGGCCUUUGCCGCCGUGGAGGGGAUCUUCUUCUCGGGCUCGUUCGCCGCCAUCUUCUGGCUGAAGAAAAGAGGCCUGAUGCCCGGCCUGACCUUCUCCAACGAGCUCAUCAGCAGAGACGAGGGUCUGCACUGUGACUUUGCCUGUCUGAUGUUCAAACACCUGGUGAACAAACCGCCCAAGGAAACUGUCAUCAGCAUCAUCAAGAACGCCGUGGAGAUCGAGCAGGAGUUCCUGACUGACGCUCUGCCCGUGAAGCUCAUCGGGAUGAACUGCGACAUGAUGAAGCAGUACAUCGAGUUCGUGGCCGACAGACUGCUGCUGGAGCUCGGCUUCUCCAAGAUCUACCGGGUGGAGAACCCUUUUGACUUCAUGGAGAACAUCUCCCUGGAGGGAAAGACCAACUUCUUUGAGAAGCGGGUGGGCGAGUACCAGAGGAUGGGCGUGAUGGCGGCGCCCACGGACAACACCUUCAGGUUGGACGCCGAUUUCUGAUGCUGGAGCGUCCCUGCCAUCACACUACCUCCGUCCCGGUGCAUGCUGGGACAGACUCUUGGACUUUAAGGGUCAAAUGAUGAUCUCAAACUUUAUUUACAGACUUGCGAGUCUGCGAGCCACAGCAUUAGACCUGAUCAGAUCUAAAGCUGCGGCUCAGUGCUGUGUAAAUAUGUCAGGGUUUUUAAAUGUGUACAGUUUACUUUUUUCUUUUUUUUUUAGUGUAGUUUUUUUUUUUUUUUUAAAAUACUGAGCUUUAAUAAAUGACUCGGUGAACAGGAA